GAGCAGCACACAAUUUAGUUGAAGACUGUGAAAGAUUAGCCGAAUUCUUUACUGGUAUUAGGGAAUUCAGAAAUGCUCGUAAGGAAUUGUUGGCUUUUAAUAAUCAACAAGAGUUUGAUAAUAAUAAGCAAAGUUUAUUAACUAAAAUCACCGAAGCUGUUAACGGCUUACAAAUGAAAACAAGCAAUAAUUCUUCAAUUGGUGGUGUCUGUAUUAUUUGGAAUGAUUUUGCUGAUAGUUUAAAUUCGGAAAUAGAAAACUUCCGUAAAGACUUAGAGUUAUUAAAAACUGGUAUCGAACGAGUUCCUUAUAAUGAAAUGAAAGAGUUGCAAAAACUUCUCUCGGAUGAAAGAAAACUACAAAAAGAAAUCGAAGAAAACGAAAGAAAAGCCCGUAAUGAGCCUGAUGAUAACAAAAAAAAGCAAUUUAUCUUUCUUGCUGCAGUCGAGAAUAAAUUAAGCGGUAGAAAUAGACCGCCAAGAACUACUAGAACUAAUCCUAAUCCGCAAGGAACUGGCUUUGGUAAUGGCGGUGGUGGUUCUAGCACUACUACUGACCCAAGCACUAGUUAUAGUAACUAUUCGCCAAAUUCUAAUAACAAUCAAGAUCAAAAGCCAUUUACAGAAAAAUACUUAAAGGAAAUAUUAUUAGGCGUGAUUGA